UUGCAAGUUUCUCUUCCCUCUCAUAGAUUUUUGUCAGCAGCUGCAGAUUAAGAAUGAACAAGUUUGCUGUGACUGUGGUACUAGUAGCUGCAGCACUUGUAGUGGACACUCAAGCACAAGGGAUUAAUAUUAACCCCCCUACUGGCACUGCAGUGGACACUUACCCAGCAACUUUUUCAUGCUCGAAUAAUAUGCUACUAAUUACGUUUACCCGUUGGUAUGUCAAUGGCAUGCUCCUUGACAACAACACCAACACCGUUGACCUUCUGGGAGUACAAUAUGGAUUAUUCGGAAGACUUCAGGAGAACAUCACCAUCUUUGGUUUUUUCCCUGACAUGGAAGUACCCUCUCCUGAAUCAGUAAUCCUUUCAUGCGGAAGAUCCCUUGACAGCAUCUACGCAAACUUCACCUUGAUCAUUCCACCAUUGGCGACAACAGAGGUACCUACAAUGGCUACCACUCCAGAGGUACCUACAAUGGCUACGACAGUUGAACCUACUACACUGGCUACGACAGUUGAGCCUACUACAAUGGCGACGACAGUUGAGCCUACUACAAUGGCGACGACAGUUGAACCCACUACUUUGGCGACGACAAUUCCACCUACUACACAGGCGACGACAGUUGAGCCUACUACACUGGCGACGACAGUUGAACCUACUACACUGGCUACGACAGUUGAGCCUACUACAAUGGCGACGACAGUUGAGCCUACUACAAUGGCGACGACAGUUGAGCCUACUACAAUGGCGACGACAGUUGAGCCUACUACACUGGCUACGACAGUUGAGCCUACUACACUGGCGACGACAGUUGAGCCUACUACACUGGCUACGACAGUUGAACCUACUACACUGGCUAUGACAGUUGAACCUACUACACUGGCGACGACAGUUGAGCCUACUACACUGGCUACGACAGUGGAACCUACUACACUGGCGACGACAGUUGAACCUACUACACAGGCGACGACAGUUGAACCUACUACAAUGGCGACGACAGUUGAACCCACUAUGUUCAGUAUUGAACCCAAUGCUGUCACUGCCGUUGAGGGAAGUUCUGUGAAUGCGUGUGUGACGCGGACCAGCGGUACAGUAUCCGUGCCAACGGAGAUCAGAGUCGAAUGGAGCACUGUCAUACGAGUCACUCCUUCUAACUCACUUGCAAACCUUAGUGACUUCAAGACGUCCCCCCCUAUCAAUACAACCUCUGGCCAGCUGAGUCUCGUGUUCUUCCCUGGUGACAAUAGGCAAUGCUUCACUGUUAACAUCACUGACGACACUCUCACUGAGGGAACAGAGCUCUUAUUUCUUGACAUUGACACUUCCUCACCAUUCCUUGUUAGCCGAAUAACAAUUACCGUUCUCGACAAUGACAUUUCUUGUGUGAAUGGCAGUCGAGCAUGUGUUGAUCUGCGGGGAGUGAGGGUCUAUUGUACACCUGCUGAAAAUGUGUGCAAUGGGUUUCAAGAAUGCCCUGACAACUCAGAUGAAACUAACUGCACAGUGAUAUGCCCUGAUCAGGGUCAGUACUGUCUCAGUGAGGGCAAGUGCCUGGAGCAGAGCAUACGCUGUGACUCCUACACAGAUUGUCUGGGUAUAAUGGAGGGUACACUUGGCUCUAUAGUGGGGACUGAUGAGUUUGAAGGAUGCCCAGAUGGUUGUGUUCCUGGGUUUGUUGAUUUGGUGGGAGGUGUGAGGGAGAGAGAGGGAGCUGUGAGAGUGUGUAUGAAUGGCAACCGUGUCCCAGUCAGUGCCACUGGACUCUCUAUACUGGAGGCCAGUCUACUCUGCAGGGAGAGUGGGCUAGGGCAAGUUGGUUAUCCUGGAACCACUAUCAACUUCUUUGGCUUCCAAACGGUAUCUCCAUUCCCAUACCUGGCCGCCAUCUCUUGCCCCGAUACUGCCACCUCGCUGUCUCAGUGCAACAUUACAACCACUGACAUUGGGAACCAGGCUGCCAUUGCAUGCAUGGAGACAGCUGAGAACUGCACUGAUGGGCGUGUGAGGGUGGUGUCUGGUGAUGGGUUGGAGUCUAGGGAGGGACGUGUGGAGGUAUGCUACAGAGGAGUGUGGGGGGCCAUCCUCGAUGACAACUGGACCAACAGAGAUGCAGCUGUCGUCUGUAGAGAGAUGGGAUACCCUGCACAAGAUGCCAUGCCGAUAUUUGGUGCAGUGUACAGUGAUGAGCCUCUAGGGUUUGUUGCCGAGAGCUUCUGUUGUGUUGGUAAUGAGAGUCAGUUGAUUGAUUGCCCCUCCCCCUUUCCCCUCGGACGCCCUGCCUCUGUCGGCAAUUUGCAAGCGGAUCAAAGACACCUGUUCAAUGUAGCCGGGGUCCGUUGUAGUGAUGUUAAUCAGACUUGUACAGACUACGAUGUGAAACUCACGUACAGGGACGUCACUGGGCGCUCCGGACAAUUAGAAAUAUGCAAAAAUGGAACUUGGCACAGAACGUGCUCUUCAACAUUCUCACCUACAGACAUCCAAGUUGCCUGCAACCAGCUCUUCGGGGUUUUUAUUGGGGGUGAAGAAUUGUCAGUAAUCUUACGACAAGCUGAUGUCAUCUCGGAGACAGAGUCGUAUUUCACUGACUCCCUGGCAUGUAGAGGACAGGAGACACGUUUGAGCGACUGUCUACCGCCGCCUCUUAGUGAUGAGGGGCAACCACCACCUUCUAGUGAUGAGGGGUCAUCACCGCCUCCUAUUGGUAGGAGGAGGAGGAAGAGAAUGAUCACAAAAGAAGGAGCAACAUGCUUUCCAAGUAGCCAGCCAACUGUGAUGUGUCCAGGCAACCCUGUGAUUUUGGUGACCCCUAUCAGUUCCGGUGAUGCCUACAAUGUUGAGAAUAGACGAAGCACUUAUGUACAGUGUGCAUCACUAUCUCCCCUCCAAGUUGAGCCUUUGUUUCAAUCCCCUCGUUUCAAUAAGAGAGAUGUAACCUCGACUACUAGUAGCAGAAAUUUUAUUCGGAGAGUAAUUGAUAAUCCUGUGACGCCGGGAAUCCCUCGCAACUAUGUGUGCUCUGCUCGGCAACUAAGCUCACAAUUAAUUGAAGAGUUGUCUCCCGGACUUGGAAGGACUCUAUCCUUUCAAGUAUUAGAGGGGCAAGGAGAACCAGAGUUUGCUUUUCUUCAAUUUUCAAUCGUCAACAGAGAACGUUUUUUAACAAUUCCAUUUAUUACCAAUGAAACCGACUACAUUCAAACAUCGGAAUUAUUUAUCAACGGGCUAAUCCAUGCGAGGACCCCGGGAAUUCAGAGGGUCUCUUGUGAGUACAUACAGAGGCGUCCAAUCGAUGUGGAGAGAGGACUGGACAGGAUCGAGUGUGAGAUAGUCCACUAUAACAGACCAGAUCAGACCGUCAGGACCACACCCACCCUAAUUGCCGAGAGACUACGUAUAUUGCUUCCGCUCACUUUACCCUUUAUUGUUGAUACGACAAUACGAGAGCAUCCUCAGGUGGCAUUCACUAGUUCUGAGACUAUUGUUGUUGAAGGAGAUGGUGUUGUCACUAUCUGUUUGACCGUCGUGCAGGGGGUAGUAACCACACCCACUAACAUCACCCUCACUACCGUACCAGAUUCAACAGAGGAAGUCAUCCCUGACUUCCGUGAACCACAACCCCUCGUCCAGGUUGACCCUUUCAGAGCAAAUAUUGGCUCCGAUUACAAUGUUAGUGUCCCCUAUACGUCUGCCAGUGAUACAAACAUCCUUCUAACACUGACCCUUCAACCCGACGACACUAACCCAAUAUGCUUCGAUGUCGACAUUGUGGAUGAUGAUGUGUUUGACGGGGAGAGUGACCGUGCUGUUGAGCAGGUGACCUUCUCCUACUCAAGCUCCUCCCCCACAGUGGCCAGAGUCAACCUCCGCCACACAAUAGUCAUCCUGGAUAAUGAUCGUAACUGCAUAAUGGAGGAGGGCAAUGGAAGCCGGAUCUGCUUUAAUAUUGAAGCACCUGCAGUCACAUGCAUAAUCCCAUCUAGGGUAUGCAACUAUGAGAUGGACUGUCCUGACGCAUCGGAUGAACUUAACUGUCCUUCACCCCUAACAAACCUUGUCAACCAAACUAUCACAGUGGAGACCUACACUAAUAUCAGUAGGGUCGUGUCGUCCUUUGCUAUCCUCUCUUCGAACCAAACAUUUCUUCAAACAACUGACUUCCUCACAGACAUUUCCACAGUAUUUGACAGCCUCGCUAACUUCACCACUACAGCCAACAUCACUAUCAAUGAAACAGUGGUGACUGACAUGGGAGAAACACUAAACUCUCUCGUACAAUGGCAGCGAAGCACACUCAUCGUUAACUUUACCUCCAGAAUUGUGGCGAUGUUUGAAGCAGUGGCCACUCAAUUUGCACAACAGGCUAAUCUGACAGACGUAUUUACCAACAUCACCGUGAUUACAGAAUUGGGCUCUACUGCAACUUUUGCUGUGGAAGGUGCCACACAAAACUUCACAGAUCAAGCUGGAGUCUCUGCCUCUAUCAUACUCCCACCCUCGCUCUUUGAUCAAGUACCAGGGGAAAGACAAUUUAUUGGUGUGUACUUUGCACUUUACGGAGAGCCAGCUCUUCUACCUGUGACCUCAUCACUGAUGAUGAGGGAAAACGUGUCUAGAUCCGUGGGUACUCCUAUUGUGGCCGCUACCGUGGGACCUGGUAUUGACUUUAGUGGCCUCGAUCCCCCCGUGGUCAUCACACUAGGCCUGCUGUCUCUACCGGAUAACACAACGACUAACCCCCGCACUGCUCGCUGUGUGUCUUGGGACUUUGAAACAGUCAGUUGGAUCAUGGAUGGCUGUACAAUUGCCAUUGUGGACAAUACCACUUUCAACUGCAGCUGCACCCAUCUCACCAACUUUGCUGUGCUCAUUGACAUUUGUCAGAGAGCUCAGGACUGUGAAAAUGAUGAGACGCUGGAAGCUAUUUUAUCAGCGAUUACGUUUGUUGGAGUGGCCAUAUCUUGUGUUGGGCUUGUCAUUACAAUCAUUACUCUACUGGUUUUCAGCAAAUUGAGAGCCAGGGACAACUCCAAGUACCACAUCCAGCUGUCCAUAGCCAUCCUGUGCAUGCUCAUUGUGUUUGCUGUGGGUAUUGAACGUAUCGAGGUGUACGGAGGCUGUGUGUUUGUGUCCAUCCUCAUCCACUACUUCUCUCUGGUGGCCGUCAUGUGGAUGGGGGCAGAGGCCUUGCUCAUGUUCCAGAAACUAGUCAUAGUCUUCAUGAGAAUCACCACCAAAUUUCUGAUCAUCCUCUCCUUAAUAUGUUGGUUGUUCCCUCUCAUUUUUGUCCUUAUCCCGAUGAUCAUUGAUCUGGCUGACGGGACAACUCCCGAGACAGACCUCAUCAUCACUCGGAAUGUGGAUCCCUUCACUGGAGAUAUUAUCGGAGGAUUCUGCUUCCUCAAGCAUCCUGGAGUGUUCUUUGGUGCUUUCCUGGCUCCUAUAUUUGCCGUUCUCCUCUUCAACCUGGUCAUCUUCAUCUGGGUCAUUGUCAUCCUCGUGAAACACACUCGCGGGCAAGUGAAGAGGUCUAACGAAAAUAUGAAGCCAAAAACUGUUUUCCGACUCCUCGUGAGCAUCUCAGGUGUCAUGUUCCUGUUCGGCCUCACCUGGCUCUUUGCUGCCUUCACGUUCCAAAUUGGUGGAGAUAACAUUCUCAGGACAAUUUUCCAAAUUUUGUUCACUGUCUUUGCAUCAUUUCAAGGAUUCUUCAUUUUCCUUUUCUUCUGUGUUUUCAACACUGAGGCUCGUGAAUCAUGGAGAGAGUUUCUAUCAUGUGGCCGCUACAAGUCCUCACUCCUCCACCCCUCACAGUAUAAGAACUCGAGCUCUGCGGGAACAGGCACUCGUACUCACAAGGCAAAGACAGGCACUUCAGCUGCAUCAUCCAGUACUGUGUACAAUUCUGCCACCCUUGAAAAGGCUGUGUUUAAUUCUGAGGCCAGUCCAAUAUCAGAGAAGAGAGAUUUGAGUAAAAAGGAGGAUAGGUAUACAGAGAUCCCGUUAACGAUAAGGGAAGCAACUGCGGAAGAGAGUGUUUCAACUUUCAAGGGCACCUCGGGAAAUACUGUCGAGCAAGAUGCAAGCAGAGGUAAAGUUGAGACCUCCCUCAGUUCUACUAGAUCAGCUGAAGAAGGAGUGUCUACUUUCAGUCCUCCUGAUAUCGUUGUCGAGUGUCAAGUGGACGGAGAUGACAAUGAGAAGACACCUCCAAAUUGGUCAGACGCAAGCCCUGUUGUCAAGGCCAGGGUAAAGCGCUACUCUACAAAGAAGGUCUCCAAGCACCACAUUGAAGAGUAUGAGAUAGACUUUGAAGAGGAUGGAAGCGAUGAAGAAGUGGCACAAGCUUAGCAUCAGUAAUAUUUAUGAACAACCCUUUUUCUGCAUUUCUAGUUAGUCUCUCCAACUACAAUAAUUUUUACCAAAA